AUGGCUGGGACCUCCGCUGCACCCGCGCUGCGCGCCGACAUGGCCAUCCCCACCUGGAACGGGAAGACCGAGACUCUGGAGGACUACGCCACUGCGGUGGAGCUGCUGACGCUGGGCUCGUCCAAGGAGAUGAGGCCGCUGCUGGGACUUCGUCUGGUGGCCGCGCUGCCGCAGGGGUCCGCGCAGCAGCGUUUCGCUCUCAGAUUGCCUCGCGAAGCAGGCCUCGACAUGGACGGAGCCCCGAUGGAGCCGAAAUCGAUCGCCAUCGCGGGCGGCCCCAACAACCUGAUAGAGGCCUUCCGGAGGGAGUUGGGGAUUCAGGUGGUGUCUGGCGUCGUCGAGAGGACGGACGCGGACUUCCAUGCUGGGCCAGGUCGGAGUGCAUUGACUCGGCGGCUAGGACAGAGCAUGGCCCAGAGGAUAGAGACCGAGGAGGAAGCGUAUGACCAGCUACAACAGGCGGAGAACGACCUGGCCGUGCGGGGCAAGAAGAGGAAGCCGGGCUCGCGCCGCGUGGGCCACUGCGCCGACGAGAUCCACCGGCAGACGUACGAGGAACAGGGGAACGACUUCGAGCUGCCGCCGGACGAGUAUGCGCAGGCCGACGAGGAGGAC